ACAUCAGAUUAUGCUUCGGAAUUCAAGAGGGGUUAAAACAAAAGAAUGUACUCUAGAUUCCUUCCCACAUAUUUAAUUUUUGUUGGGGAUCCCUUGUAAGUUGCUCAUCAAGCAAUGAAAGCUAAUUUUGUACACCAACUAAAAUACACUGACAAUCAGAGCCGAAUUUAUAGACGAAAACUUAGAAAACAGAAGCAUGUCGAAUGCAUAAAUGAUUGGUACAGUGAUACUAUUUUCUCCUACAUUUAAUUGAAAGUGGUGGGCUUUCUAGGAUGAUCAUUUCUGAACAAUUGUGAACAAUACGCGUGAGAACAGAUAUACAAUCUCAAUCACUACCCAACUCUCUAUAAAGAGUUAGAAGGCAGGUCCAUGUGAUGCUUCUGUUCAGACCAAACUGGCUCCCACAGAACCUAGUUAUUUCAUAGGCUUUCCUCUAUAUUAGAUCAUCUAUGUAUACAGACAUAUUACUCAAGAUCAAGGUAGGUAGAUUAUUUGGCUAUCAGAUUGAGUACUCAACUCACUUCUCCGGUUGUUAUUUGGAGACAGAAGUAGGCCAUGGUUUUUCUGCGGAGUAUACAGAAUGACCAUAUAUCACAUGAAUUUGGAACUCUCAUAAAGGCUUGGAAGGCCCACCCAUGUGAUAGGUUAUGAGAAGAUAUCUCUCUAGCGUUGAAUCUCAUCUUUCUGCCUUGUCAAUGUGAUCAUCUAUAUAAAGGUCAUGUAAUUGGGUUCACAAUCAACAAGACUCUUCCAUACUCCGGUUAUCAAAGCAAAUUUCCAACUUUUGUACUUCUCUCAAAGUCUAACUAGUUCCUUUCAGAAAAUACUAUAACAUGGGAAUCCGUUUGCCUAGGAUUGUUCAUGCUAAGCAAAGUUUUCGACAAUCUUCAUCAACUGGAAAUGGAUCAUCCACUGUUGACGUUCCAAAGGGGUACUUUACAGUUUACGUUGGUGAGGUACAAAAGAAGCGAUUCGUCAUUCCACUAUCUUACUUGAACCAGCCUACUUUUCAAGAUUUGUUGAGUCAAGCAGAAGAUGAAUUUGGAUAUGAUCAUCCAAUGGGUGGCAUCACAAUUCCUUGCAGUGAAGACCUUUUCCUCGAUCUCACUCGAAGUUUGAAAGACUCAUGAGCUAGAGGGAUUGAUAUCUAGAAAUUGGUAGCAUAGAAAAAGGGUUAGAAUAGUACAGAAUGUAGACUGUAUAACACUUUUGAACUGAGAGAACUCAAUUCUUUAAAUUGAAAUUUUGUCCUGUGUUCGUUAUUCUAUAAAUGAACAAAAUUUGAUGAUGAAACUGCUUGAAUGGUGUUAUUUGAAAAAAGAUCUGAGAUUAUACUACUUAAAAUGGCUACA